CGUAGGUAGCAUGGCGACCACCGCCCAGCAGUCCCCUCAGCCAGUCGGCGGAAAGCGCAAAGGCAAAUCCCAGUUUCUGCCGGCCAAGCGGGCCCGACGCGGUGACGCAGGCGGCCCGCGGCAGCUGGAGCCCGGCCUGCAGGGCAUCCUCAUCACCUGCAACAUGAACGAGCGCAAGUGCGUGGAGGAGGCCUAUAGCCUGCUCAACGAGUAUGGCGACGACUUGUACGGGCCCGAAAAGUUUAUAGACAAGGACCAGCAGCCCUCAGGAAGUGAGGGAGAAGACGAUGAUGUCGAGGCUGCCUUGAAAAAAGAAGUUGGUGACAUUAAGGCUUCUACAGAGAAGAGGCUGAGAAGAUUCCAGUCAGUGGAGAGCGGAGCAAAUAAUGUAGUCUUCAUCAGGACACUUGGGAUAGAACCUGAGAAAUUAGUGCAUCAUAUUCUCCAGGAUAUGUACAAAACCAAGAAAAAGAAGACACGGGUUAUUCUGCGAAUGUUGCCCAUCUCAGGCACAUGUAAAGCUUUUUUAGAAGAUAUGAAAAAAUAUGCAGAAACAUUUCUGGAACCCUGGUUUAAAGCCCCAAACAAAGGGACAUUUCAGAUUGUAUACAAAUCUCGAAAUAAUAGCCAUAUGAAUAGAGAAGAAGUUAUUAAAGAGUUGGCAGGAAUAGUGGGCAGCCUCAAUUCAGAAAACAAAGUGGAUCUCACUAAUCCAGAAUACACGGUGGUAGUAGAAAUCAUCAAAGCUGUGUGUUGCCUGAGUGUUGUGAAAGAUUAUGUGCUGUUCCGAAAAUACAACCUCCAAGAAGUAGUGAAGACUGCAAAAGACUCACAGCCUCACCCAAAGCUGGGAAAUGGCAAAGAAGCAAAAUUGGAAUCUGAUAGCAAGUUGAAUCAAAGUGAUCCUCCAGCAGGGGGAACUAACCAACAGGGGGCACCAGAGAGUAGCGAGGAGCUGGGGCAGACAGAGCCAGGGUCUGAUUCCCAGGCGGGGAGGGAGGGAGGAGCUAAGCCUGAACCUGAAAGCCAAGUCUCAGAAGGACCCCAGACAAAUGAAAAUGAGCUCUCCUAAGUCAUUCUGUGGGAAGGUGGUCUCAGCUGGGGUUCCAUGUGGAACUGUGAUAAUAUAUUUUGACUUUUGUGUGCUGCUCAAUGCUGAUCUCAAAAUCCUUGUUGUCAAUUUUAUUGUUAGAGCCCUUCCAAGCCUGUAUAUUGUGUGUGCAGAACCAUGCACUGUUUCCCAGGGGAGGGUGCUAGGAGGAUGGUGUUGCCUCUGCCUCCUUAUUACUCUCUCUGGUUUCCUCUUAAGCACUGCCAACUGAUGUGGAACUGAACAAUAUCUGAGUGGGAAAUGAACAGGACAUUCUGAGGAGGGUGUGCUGCAGCUCAGCUGUCCCUGCCGUUCCAUUGUACACAUAAAAAAAGUGGCACUGUGGAUUAUAUGGGAAUCACUUUGUGAUGCUUUCUACUUUUUGUUUUUCUUGUUUUUGUUUGCUUUCGUUUUAUGUUAAAAGCAAGUCUGAUGGCUCAUCACUGCAGGUGUUUUAGAGAAGGUAUGAGGUAAAAGAGGACUGUUCUAGGUGUAGACCCAGGGGUGUUUCUCCUAAGGUUAGGGAUGAGGAGUCACUGCCAGGUCACUUUCAUAUCCUAGUACAAAAGCCAGGAAAGAAAGAUACUGUACCAGGAUUACACUGGACUGCUAUCCAAGCUGGACUGUCAGCUUGUGGUACUUUCAAUUGUUCCUCAGAGGCAGAGAUUGGAAGGGUAGAAGGGACCAGUGAGUACUGUAAAACAAACUAUCCAGGUGGAAACUAUAACAUUUGGUUGGGAAAUGGGCUUGAGCUUAAAUCUUAAUACACAUUAGGAAGUAGUAUAAAUGCUAAGAUGGUUAAGAGCUAGUGACAUGAGAAUAUAUAUUUUGUGUCACAUAGCUAGAGGCUUGCUUGGUAAGCCAGACCAAGAGGAUAUGGGAGAAACAGAAUAGGCAGUACCUUGCUAAUGCAAAUGAGACUAGAUCGUCCUUGGGUGUUUGACUUGUUAACUCAAGUCUGAGAUUGAAACCAUCUUGAAAGGAUAGGCCUUAGUAUCACUUAAGGGGGAUGGGAGUGGAGGAUCUUGGUGCCUUCUUGUGGCUUGUUCCAAGAUAGAGAGACUUUUAAUAGUGUAGGACAGAGGACCUGAGGAUAAAUUACUCUUUGCUCAGACAGGAAGUUCUGGAGUUUGGCAAGUUGCUGCACUUCAGAUUUUGAUCUAUACUUUACUUUUAAUUGCCUUUUCAUUUAUUUGCUUUCAAUGAGUCCCUAGUGUGACUGGCUAUUUGCUAGUUGUACAGUGCUGUGUGCUCUUGGGAUCUGAAUUCACUAAUUUUGCUCUGCUUUCAGAUUUGCUGACUUUGUCUUCACUGACUUUUCAGUGUGCUAGUUUACAUGUGAUCCCAAGGUAGGAACUUAGUGGUUAGUUUAAAACUAUAGCAGUUAUGACAGAAAAUAAAGAAGCAGAAACCAAAUCUCUGUGCUGAGGGUCAGCAUGCCUGUCCUGUUCUGCAGACAAAGGAGUUAAGCCUGGUCCUACAGGACACAUUUCUCCAAAGCUGAAUACAGUUUUCAGAUAUUUUUAUUGCAUUUUGUUCUUGGUACAGCUGAACUUUCAGGUUUUCAAAGUUCCUGAUAUUUUAAAAAAUAAAAAUGGAUUUGUUCUGUAAA